UCCACAACCGCCACGCCUGAAGUACCACACGUUCAGCUCGGGCAGUAGAGCAGCACAGACGUCGCCAUGGCCUCCCAGCUCUCCGCCGCCGCGUCCAUGUCCGCCGCCGUGCCGCAGUUCCACGGCCUCCGGAGCUACGCCUCGCCCCGGUCCGUGGCGGCGCUGCCGCCGGUGAGGGCCGGCAGGAAGCGGGCCCAGGGCAUCCGGUGCGACUACAUCGGCUCGGCCACCAACCAGAUCAUGGUGCUGUCGACGACGCUGAUGCUGUUCGCGGGGCGGUUCGGGCUGGCGCCGUCGGCGAACCGGAAGGCGACGGCGGGGCUGAAGCUGGAGUCCCGCGACUCGGGCCUGCAGACCGGCGACCCCGCCGGGUUCACGCUCGCCGACACGCUGGCCUGCGGCGCCGUCGGCCACAUCAUCGGCGUCGGCAUCGUGCUCGGGCUCAAGAACACCGGCGCGCUCGACCAGAUCAUCGGCUAGGUCUAUUCACUCGUCACUCGCGCCGCCGGGCGGUGACUAUGUAACCUGCGUGUGUACAUCGACUGUGCGCUCAUGCAUCUCGUUCCAAUGGACAUAGCUUGUUUCUCCUUUUGGCCCCAGAGCUAUCAGGUUCAGUACGUUCU